UGUCAGCCUUCAGCACUUCUCCUACAUUUAGUUUUAAGGCUUUUACCAGUGCAGAGAAAACACAAGUGGCCCGGCUUUCAGACUGCACAGAGGAGCAGCGAGCCGGCUGAGUCUCCACGGCUCUCAUGGUGUGUUUAAGUGCAGCCUCCUGCUCCGGGCUCUUCAACAGUCAGACUCUCGUGUUAUCGUGAGGACAACAAGUUGAGCAGAAAAUGUCAGAAGUAGCUCCAGCCGCCGCUCCGGCCAAAGCAGCCAAGAAGAAGGUUUCCAAGCCGAAGGCGGCCGGCCCCAGCGUCCGCGACCUCAUCGUUCAAACUGUGGCCGCAUCCAAGGAGAGGAGCGGCGUGUCUGCGACCGCCGUCAAGAAGGCUCUGGCUGCCGGAGGCUACGAUGUGGACAAGAACAAGUCCCGCGUCAAGACUGCCAUCAAGAGCCUGGUCGAGAAGGGGACUCUGGUCCAGAUCAAGGGGACCGGGGCUUCCGGCUCCUUCAAGAUGAACAAGAAUGCUGCCGACACUAAGGCUACGAAGCCGGUCAAGAAAGCCGCUCCUGCAGCCAAGAAGCCCGCAGCCAAGAAACCUGUAGCGGUCAAAAAGCCCGCGGCAGCAGCAAAGAAGUCUCCGAAGAAGGCGAAGAAACCCGUAGCGGCCAAGAAAGUAGCCAAGAGCCCCAACAAGGUCGCCAAGAGCCCCAACAAGGUCGCCAAGAGCCCCAACAAGGUCGCCAAGAGCCCGAAGAAGGCCGUCAAGAAGGUUACAAAGAGCCCCAAGAAGGUGGUGAAAAAGGCCCCUGUAGCCAAGAGAGCCCCAGCGAAGAAGGUCGUCAAACCCAAAGCGAAGAAAGCAGCACCCAAGAAGAAGUGAGCUGUCAUCAGUCUGAACUACAGCUCCCACUAAAGGCUCUUUUAAGAGCCACCACAUCAUCCUGAAAGAGCCUUUUCCUCUUUAUUCUUACUGUCAUUACAUUAGGAUUUAUUUAAGUUAGCAGCUAAAGGAAAAGUACACAACCAUUAUUCAUUGCACUAAAUUAUUUAUUACAAUGCUGAAAUAGCUCACUAUGAGCAGUUACUGACCUUUCCCCAGUUUAUAUGUCAUUCCGAUUACAAUUUAAUCAUUUGUAUAUUUGAUAUAUAAAGUAAUUACAUUAUUCUGCUUUUUACUGACUUUUAUACUUAUUUCAAAUGUUUAAAUGACUGUACUGCUUAUAACUAUAUAUAAAUACAAUAGUAUUAUAUAAGAACAUAUAUUUCAAAUUGUAAUUAGGCUAUAGCCUAAAACUGAUCCAUAUAAGUGAUUUCCACUAAAUAUAAAC